ACUUUGGAAAAAGGAACACGCUGUUCCGUUGAAAAUUGCUUCAACAGGCGUUCAAAGUAUCUUAGUCUCUUUAUCUAUCCUAGUGAUUUCGUGUUGAGAAAAAAGUGGAUUGAAAAAUGUAGAUUAAAAGUUGCUUCUACUGGAUACUUAUUUAUUUGUCAGAAUGCUUAUAAAUCCUCAAGUCUAUGGCAUAUCGCUUGAAGAACUUGAAUUAGAUCCAAUGUUGGUUGACAAAAGAAAAGAAUUGAUUAUCAGUGCAGCAACGACUCUAGAUAGGGCAAAAAUGUUACGUUACAAUGAAAGAACUGGAAAUCUCUCGUCUACAGAUACCGGUCGCACAGCUAGUCAUUUUUAUAUUACCUAUGACAGUGUUGAAAUAUUUAAUAAAUGUCUAAAGCCUUCUAUGAAUGGGUCAGAAAUAUUUCAAAUGAUUUCUGAUGCAAAAGAAUUUGAUCAGAUACGGGAUCGUGAUUUUCGUGAUAAUGAAUUUCAUGAGUUACAUGCAUUACAUCGUAAAUAUUGUCGAGUUGAAAUUAAACUCGACAAUCCAAGUAUGUUCACGUUUUUAGAACGUAAAGUUAAUGUACUUUUACAAACAUAUAUUGGACGUGCUACAACUACAUCUCCUCCAUUAAUAUCGGACCUGUUGUAUAUCUCACAAAAUGUGACAAGAAUUGCACGGGCAUUAUUCGACAUGGCUUUGCAUCGCAAUUACGCUAAGGUGUCAUCUAUAUUAUUAGAACUUUGUAAAAUGUGUGAAAUGACUCAAUGGUCAUUUGAAUCUGGAUUACGGCAAUUUCCUGAUGUUCUUUCGCCUGAAAUAAUACAUACAAUUGAGGAAAAUAAAAUACCAUAUACCAACAUUAUAGAAAUGGGUGCAAAAGAAUUAGGUAUUUUGCUAGGAAAUCAAAAUGAAGUUGCUGCUGUUAAAAAGUGUACCAUGGAGAUUCCUUAUAUUGAAACUUCUACUAGUAUUCAAUCUAUUACUAGAACUAUUUUAAAGAUGAAUGUGGAACUAUUUCCAAAUUUUGAAUGGAAUGAUGAGUUUCAUGGCUUAACAGCAGUUGCAUUUUGGAUUUGGCUUGAAGAUCUGGAAAAAAUUUUCCGUUGGAAACGUGUUCUUAUUACCAAAAAUCAGGUUAUUAGAAAAGAAACAUAUAAGUUCAUGUUUAAAAUACCUUUAGUUGAACCAUUACCAUCACAACUAUGUUGCACUUCAGACCGAUGGUUAGAUUCAACUUCCAUUCUACCAUUAACUUUCCCACAUCAUUUAAUACCACAUUGUGAUGCUUCAAUGACAGAUGUCUUGGAACAGAAAUUUGAAUGAAUUUAAUUAGUGCGAUAAAUACCUGGAUUGAAAUUUGUGAGUGAGAUAUCUAAUUAAUAAGUUAUACUGCAAAAACCAUAUUUGUGGAUUAAAAGUUGCUUCUACUGGAUACUUAUUUAUUUGUCAGAAUGCUUAUAAAUCCUCAAGUCUAUGGCAUAUCGCUUGAAGAACUUGUAGUAUAUACCGUUAAGUGUUAUUUAUAUGUAAAUUUUAAUUAUUUAUUUUAUUGUUAUUACUUAUAGUUAGACCCAAUGUUGGUUGACAAAAGAAAGAAUUGAUUAUCAGUGCAGCAACGGCUCUAGAUAGGGCACAAAUGUUAUGUUACAAUGAAAGAACUGGAAAUCUUUCGUCUACAGAUAUGGGUAGCACAGCUAGUCAUUUUUAUAUUACCUAUGACAGUGUUGAAAUAUUUAACAAAUGUCUAAAACCUUCUAUGAAUAUAUCAGAAAUAUUUCAAAUGAUUUCUGAGGCAAAAGAAUUUGAUUAGUUACAGGCUCGUGAAUUUCGUGAAUUACAUACAUUACAUCGUAAAUAUUGUCAAGUUGAAAUUAAACGCGACAAUCCAAGUAUGUACACGUUUUUAAAUUGUCAAGUUAAUGUACUUUUACAAAAAAAUAUUGGACGUGCUACAGCUACAUCUCCUUCAUUAAUAUCGGACCUGUUGUAUAUCUCACAAAAUGCGACAAUAAUUACACGGGCAUUAUUCAACAUGGUUUUACAUCGUAAUUACGCUAUGAUGUCAGCUAAAUUAUUAUCACUUUGUCAAAUGUGAGAAAUGACUCAGUGGGUAUUUGAAUGUGGAUUACGACAGUUUCCUGAUGUUCUUUCCUGUGAAGUAAUACAUACAAUUGAGAAAAGUCAAAUAUCAUUUACCAACAUUAUAGAAAUGGAUGAAAAAGAAUUAGGUAUUAUGCUAGGAAAUCAAAUUGAAGUUGCUGCUGUUAAAAAGUGUGCCAUGGAGAUUCCAUAUAUUGAAACUUCUACUAGUAUUCAAUCUAUUACUAGAACUAUUUUAAAGAUGAAUGUAGAACUAUUUCCAAAUUUUGAGUAUGUAACUUACAUGAUGGAAUAAUGAGUUUCAUAGUAUAACAUCAGUUGCUUUUUGGAUUUGGGUUGAAGAUCUGAAAAUAGAAUCUUAUACCAUUGGAAACAUGUUCUUGUUACCAAAAAUCAGGUUAUUAGAAAAGAAACACAUAAGUUGAUAUUUACCAUACUUUUAGUUGAACCAUUACCAUCACAGUAUAUACUACUUUGUACUUCAGACCGAUGGUUAUAUUCAACUUUCACUACACCAUUAACUUUCCAACAUCAUUUAUUACCACAUUGCGAUGCUUCAGUGACAGAUUUUUUGGAACAAAAAUUUUAGCAAAGGGAAAAAAACUAUUGAGUAAAUAUUGUUGGAGUUUAUUUCACUAUUCAAUUUAUUUUUACUUAAAAUAUACAUAUAUGCUUUCAACAUCUAUAAUAAACAAUGUGUAUGUAGGACCUACAUUAUAGGUACAUUAACAUAUUAUAAUUUUUGAUUGCAAUAUACCUAAUAGACUAAAUGAUGAACAUUAAAUACUAUUAGAGUUUUUCUUUUCUUUAAAAGUUGAACGAUCUAAGCUGUGACUAUUUGUUAUAGUUUCAUGAGUAUCAUUAAUUGUACCAUUAGAUUUGGUUGA